AUGGGUUCACACAUUUGGCAAUCGGAACAGAACAACACUUUCCUUGAUUUACUCACAAUAAUUGGAAAUGAAAUACCCGGAGAGGCCUUGUGCAGAUUAAAAGUAUUGCUUCGCGGCCAUGUUGAUAAAGAUGCACUUAAAUCUAUUGAAACUGGUUCGCAAUUGUUACUGAUUCUUCACAAAAGAGGAUUAGUAGCUAAUAAACGACUUAGCUUCCUAAGGAAAUUUCUUAAAGAGGCAAAGUGUUUAACGUCGUUAGGGUAUUUAGACAGUUAUGACGACAGGUAUAAAACGUGGGAUGACGAGGGACGUCUCCAAGCUGCUAUCUGUGAUGAAAACAGAAAUAGACGAUUAGAUACUUUAACUAAACGAAUUGAAGACGAAAUACACGUUUCCAAGAAUACUCAUGAACAUCUCAAACAGGAAAUCGACAAUUUGGAAGACGAAAUUCGAAAAAAGAAGCAAUCUAUCAUUGAAUAUGAAGAUUCUGUGCAUAACUUGAAGUUGAGUAUCAAAUCAGAACAGUCUCUCUUGCAAUCUGUGCGAAAGAGGUUGGAGGAUUUGAAAUAUGUAAUAAGAAAGCUUUACCGCGAAGAAGAAAGUUUAAGUGAGAAACUUACAAACAGCCUGAAACCAAAGCGUGUUAUUCGUGAUGAUCUGGCAGCCAAACGUGUGGAAAUCAAAGGAAAAGAGUUGCUGGAAUGUGAACUAUUUCACAAAUAUGAACGCGUCACAGAACAGAUUCGUCUCCUGAAUACAAAUUUCCGACAUCACACUUCUGAAAUCAUUCACUUUGAGGAGAAAAUACAAGAAGAUACGUCGAAACUGAAAAAUCUGAAAAAAAAUCUGUAUAAGAAUGUAACAUCAACGGACGAACUAAAGCAAACAUUGGCAGAGCUGCAACAAAAUUCAGAUAAUGAUACGUCAACUGUACGCUCAUAUCGCCAAAUGAAAGGACUAACGCUUAAUACAAUCGCUGGAGCUUCUGUUGAAACAUCUGUCACGAAGAUGAUUGAUCAUAACAGCUUGGUGGAACCGACAGAACCACGAUCAAUCGGUCGUUACGGAACACUUGAAAAUCCACCACAAUUCAAAUAUCCUCGUGGUGUAGCAAUCGAUAUUAACAAUGAACUUUAUGUAGCUGACUCUAAGAACUCGCGUGUUCACGUUAUUUCCCUGAAUGGCAAACCUGUUCGAAAACCAAUUUAUCUUGGAAAAAACUUUCACCCAACCUCACUGGCAGUCAGCUUGGACCGACACGUUUUCAUCAGUGAUUCCCACGUUGUUCGUGUUUAUUCCUCUAACGGAGAAUUGCUACGAUAUAUUUUGCCAAUUUACGCAAAAUCCGACGUCCACCCUCAGAUAACUGGAUUAGCAACAAUGAACGACGGUUCAUUACUUCUUGUUGAUAAAGCAAACAAACAAAUCCAGAAGUUUCGUCAGGACGGAAUAUUUCAGCGCUUUAUUGGGGGUAAACAAGUGUUUCAGUCACCGUUAGGAGUUUCUGUUACAAGCAACGGCGAUAUUGUGGUGAUCGAUGCAUGUCAGAUUAAGAUCUUGGAUGGCCGAGCUGAGUCAGUGAAGAAUAUCAUUGGAACAAAAGGAAUCGGAAGAGAAAAAUUCCUAAACCCAAGUGGUCUUACAGUUGACAAAGAAGACAAUAUAAUCGUGGCCGAUUCGGGAAGUCAUCAAAUCCAUGUUUUUAAUCUUAAAGACGAAGAAGAUAGUUUGCUUGGUGGUCUCGGAACAGACGCAGGCUACUUUGACACUCCCUGUGGUGUGGCUGUGAGCAGCGAUGGGAGCAAGAUUGUUGUAGUUGAAGAAAAGAAUCAUCGCUUACAGAUUUUUACUCGCCUUUUACCGGCGGAGUUUGAUUACGAAAGAUACUUAAUGCAGAAAUAGUGAACGAAUGAUUGGCUAAAGUUAUAGCGGGGAAUCGUGCGCAGUACAAACUUAAAGUAUAGUCAUGGAAUGCUAGGUAGUUAUCUGGGUUCAGUGUGCCCCUGCAUGCGAUUGCCACAAACCGUUCCAAGCUCGAAUCAGCCGAAAUCUUUAUUGCUGCAUGCAAGGCAUGCAAUAAACUUAGGAUGACGACUCGAUCGUGUGUUUGCGCCAAGACAUACCAUAUCCAAGUUGUCAGGCAAACCAAUACCCUACCCUUCAUACAAAAAGGAAAUUUUCAUGACGUUGGAAAGAUUAAAAUUUAGGAAAGUUUUUCUAAAGUGUUGAUUUGUUUAAAGUGAAUACAAAAUACGGCUGCAUUUAUCCCAGUAUUUUAUAUCAUUAUUAUACAGCAUAGUGAAAUUUCUUUACUACUUUCAGGUGCCACUAUCGGAGGCUGUUUUUUCUUCCUUUGAAGAAUUCCUUUCUGCUUCAGGCUUAAACCCCAGUUCUUCUCGCGCAACCUUAUCGCCAGUUUGGGAAGAAUGGCCUUCUUCGGCGGCUAGGAACGGAUGAGCCUUGAUUCCUUUUAUUGUAAUCCUGUCUGCUAUAUUCCAAUUCAACAUUUUAUAGAUUAAACUCUUCGCACAAUCGGAUAGUUUAACUUUGCUGGAAAACUCAACUCUUCGAUGUACUUGUUGAAGGAGUAACUUUAGAUUAGAAUCAUCAAAAGGCAAUCGGCUGCAGAGCAUGGUAUAAAGUAUUACACCCAAGCUCCACACAUCUGCCAUCGUGGGGUCAUAAGCAA